AUGAGCGGACGCGGCAAAGGAGGAAAAGCAAAGAGCGGCAAAUCGAAGACCCGGUCGUCCCGUGCCGGACUCCAGUUCCCGGUCGGUCGUAUCCAUCGUCUGUUGAGGAAGGGCAACUACGCCGAGCGCGUCGGUGCCGGCGCUCCCGUGUACCUGGCCGCCGUCAUGGAGUACUUGGCCGCUGAAGUGUUGGAGUUGGCCGGUAACGCCGCCCGUGACAACAAGAAGACCCGUAUCAUCCCCAGACAUUUACAGUUGGCCAUCAGGAACGACGAGGAGUUGAACAAACUGUUGUCCGGCGUCACCAUCGCCCAAGGUGGUGUGCUGCCCAACAUCCAGGCCGUCCUUUUGCCCAAGAAGACCGAGAAGAAAGCUUAA